AUGUCCACUCGCAAGGACCAGAUGCUUCAAGGCGUUGAAGCCAUUACUGGCUGCGUUUUCCAGGACCCUGACAUCUUGUGGGAGGCCCUACAUGCACCGGGAGCCGUAUCACGGGAUAUCGGCGGCCGUAAUCUCGCCGAUGGGAAUAAGCGUCUUGCCCUUGUCGGAGAUGCGUUCAUGAAAGCUGCCUUGCUUACGCGCUGGUACUUGAGUAACGCCGCUCGAGGCAUAGGAAAUAACAUGGUGUCGACCACUCUGUCAAACAACAAUUUGGCGAGUGUGGGAAAUAGCCUUGGCCUUGACGCCUUCAUCGUCAAGCAUCCGGGCCAAUUUGGCCCUCUUGGUAAUGGGACAAUAUCUGACACCAUUGAGGCUAUUAUUGGCGCCGUGUGGGAGGACUCGAAAGACUUUGACAAGGUCGUCGCCGUCAUGGGCACCCUUGGCCUCGCUUGA